AAGGGCGAAGAAUCUGAUUAACACAACACUCCAUUUUUGUAACCUUAAAAACACAAUAAUAAUAAUUAUAUAUGAUGUUGGGAAAGCAAAGUCGGCCACCUUUCCGGAGGACGACGAGCAUGACGGGGAUCACCGUCGAUGUGGGGAGCGGCAUGGAAGAUGGCCAGCCUCCGGCGGUCGAAGGGCAAGCCACGGCGGUGCCCAACGGCUACGACCACCGCUCCAUGGCGGCCAUGGUCUCGCCGAGAUAUUACGGCGGUAGGACGACGACGAUGACUUCCGGCGAUGGUUACCAUAUUGAGACGCCUAGUUUCUUGACAACUUGUAGCCUUUGCAACCGGCGCUUGGCACCUUGUCGUGACAUCUUCAUGUAUAGGGGUGACACCGCAUUUUGUAGUCAAGAAUGUAGGGAGCAAAAAAUGAAGCAAGACGAGAGAAAAGAGAGAAGUACUAAUUUGCAAAUUGAAAACAAUGGUGGAAUAUCCGACCACCUCGGUAAGAACUAGACUGCGGCUGUCGCUUGAACAACGGUUGUGUGUGCG